AUGAACGGACGCUUACAGUGCGUGAAUGAGCUUGCAUGAUCAUAGCGGGGUAAGUUUGCGUAACAUGCUCGUUUGGUGCAAAUGGGUUUAAAUUUUAUCAUUAGACAUUCCCGUAUUAUCAUUAUGUAAAAUGCCCCAGUCGAAAUAAUAUUAGGUAACUUUUGAAUGGAAACCUUGUUUAUUUCGAGUAAUACAUUUGUAUAUUGGCAACCUGGUAAGCGACCUACCUACCGAUCCACUAUGUAACACUGCCCCAUCUUCAGUGAAAAAAAUCGCAAGUACAGUGAGACUGUCUGCCAUUGUAAGUUUGGUGUUACUAUUUUUGUACAAGACAAAUUACACCAGAGACAGAUUCUUCUUUCAGUUUCCGAUUACAGUCGGGUGCUUUUUGUGUAUGUCUCUUGGAGCUAUGCUAAAUUUCAGGCAUGGAACGUUCAGAAAUGACCAUUUACAGCUACUGAGAUCUUUGGUGCAGUUUGACGUGUCCUAUAUACAAUACCUCGACGAAAACUAUGGAAAUCAUCAAAAGUAUCGUAACAGAACUGUAUUGGCGUUUUUCUUCAUGUUAUCUGUCACAAACUCAAGUAUUCUGGCAUUUGACGAAUCUAAUGAUCUUGAUUGGUUUCUGUUAUUGCCAAAGGUUAUUGACCGAAUCAAUUCAGCAUGGUGUUCUUAUAGCAUUACAAUACAUGCUAUGGAGAUAAAAAUUCGAUAUGAUAACCUCAACUCACACCUGAAAAAUUUGGGAAAAGAUGGAGAAAAACCAAUAUCUCUAGAUCCUCUGAAGACAGAAACCUUAAUCACCAGCAAGUUGUAUUACGUGAAUCGUCUGCAUUACAAGUUGUACCGCAUCAUUAGUCGUUUUUCAGACAUCUACAGCAUCCCCAUGCUUAUUAUAAUUUUCAUAUCCAUAUGCAUCACGGUGACAGAUUUUUACUACAUCUACAAGAUGAUGUUUUUGGAGAUCGAAGAUUUGUCAAAAACCUAUGCUGUAUUGCAUGGCUGUCAAAUAGUCAUGCGCUUCCUCGAGUUGGCCGUUUUGGUGGAAGCUUGCUUUGGCGUUUGUGAAAGUGCCAACAGCACACCAGUAUUGCUACACCAAUACCGGAACGAUUUUUAUAACAAUAAAAUCGACUCUCAUAUUCAAAUGUAUUCCUUACAGCAUCUGCAUCAAAAAGUAUUUAUAAACGUUCUUGGUUUUUUGGAAGUAGAUUUGUCUACGUUAUAUACGGUAAGUUUCAAAUGUAAAAACAUUGAUCAACGUAUUCCACCAGAAGCUGGCCAACGUAAUGCUAUAAUCCCGCGUCCAAAAUUAUCAAAGAUAAAAUGAGAUAACGUAGCGUUAUCUCUGAACAGUGUUGCCAAACCUACCAAUUUUUCGGUAUUUCUACCGAAAUGAGACCUUGUUUACCGAAAACGUCCUUAUUUUCCACGGUUUAUUUUAAAAUAUUUAUUAUUUUUUAAAGCUAGAUUUGGACGCGGGAUUAUGGUACUAGGUGUUUGGCAACUCAUCAGC